AUGUUUGAAAAGAUUCAGGUAGAUUUGAAUGACAGUCUUGUGAAAUAUGCAUUUGAAAUGUUUGAUUCUAUGAAAGAUGAGGGGCUGGCCGACGAAGCCAAUAAGAUUUUCAAGCCUUUCCUUCAGAUAGAGAGCCGAGUGCCGGCCGUGGCAGUUUUCACUUACAUGAUUGAUGGCUUGCUCAAUACCGGCCAGACCAACAUGGCUCUCAACGUUUACAGGUACAUGUUAGCCACUGGAGUCACUCCCAGCAGCUACACGUACAAUUUACUCAUCGUGGGACUUACGGUUGCAGCUCAAUCGGACACUAAUAUGCUUGGUGUUGCCAAGAAGUGUUUUGUGGAAAUGUUGGAUAAGGGCAGGAAGCCCAAUUUUGAUGUUUACUGUAGGGUGUUUGAAGGCAUUGCCUGUGUGGAGAGUCAGGGGGUUCCUUGA